GUGUCGGUUCAGGCAAGUGUUCUCUGCACGGGACCGGCUGUUACCCUGGGAAGGACAGUGAUUUCCAACUCAGUAGGAAUGCAAGGCCUCGUUGUUUUUGGAUUAAUUUUCAGCCUUUCAAAAGUUUGCUGUGCGGUCCCUGAAGCAAACAACAGUGCCAGCAAGACAGCUGAGAAUGGAAGCAAUGUCUUUGCGACGGAGAAAGGAAAAAAGACUGGGCUCAGAGAGAUGAUGGUUGGGAAUUCAUCUUCUAAUGAUCGUCCUGUUGCUAAUAGAUCUCUUCGACAGGCAAAUUACGCUGUGGGAGGAAUGAGUAAACUCAGCCAUAAACAGAAGCUUCUUUCAUACAGCAGGGUUGGAAGCAGCAAGCCAAACUUUGAAACAGCCAGGGGAAAAAACUGGUGUGCUUAUGUUCAUACAAGACUCUCGCCUACGGUGACAAUAGAAAACGUGCAGAGCCAUGUAUUGAUAACAUCAAAGUCAUGUAUUUUGAAAAUGAGGAGCUGCCUACCCAGGUAUCAGAUCCGGAAUCAACCCGUGUACAGGAUGAAGCACAAAAUUGUGACAUCAUUGAACUGGAAGUGCUGUCCGGGAUAUAUUGGAGCUGACUGCCAACCAAAAGAUUAUUUGAAGAGACAAGCAGAGGAAAACCAAGCUGAGAGUCAGAGAACUGGAGCUGAUCUCCCCAAGAAUCCUCAAUCCCGUUAUGAUCCAGCAUUAGCAACAAAAUUCAAUGACAAGCUGUAUAAUCAGGAAAUUAAACUGGGUCUUCUGCAAAAGAAGGUUGUAAACAUUUCUGCCAAUGUGAAUGAUGUGAGGAGUCUGCUGUAUUCCCUGGAGGGCAAGAUAAAUGAAGAUAACGAGAAAGAUCUUCAGUCAACUUCAAAAGGGACCAAAUCAAGAGGGAUUCAGGAGCUGGUGAAAGAGCUGGUAACGCAACAAAUUCGAUCAUUUCAGGGGAAUAUGCAGGAGAUGGUAGCUCAGAUGUACGAAACCAUCUCCGGUAUAAAUAAUGAACUUCAAAGCACUAAAGACAUGGUCAGGCAGUUAAAUGAGAGCAUUCUGUCACUGUCUGGGAACGUCCACUUCAUAAAAGUGGAGCAAAAUCUGACAUCCCCCUCAGAACUCCAUGAAAUUCAGGAGCAAAUAAAAGUGCUCAGAGCUGAUGUGUCACGAGCUUGCAACAAUGCAUCACAGGAGCUAACUGAAAAGCACAAAUCUCUUCUAAGGCAAUUGGAAGAGGAAUAUGACAGCACUGAUACCCUCUCAGAAAAAAUAAACCAAACCUUUUCACUAGCAAUGGAAACCCAGGAGCUGCAUCAAUCCAGCCAGAUACUCCAAAAUGUCCCUGAGCAAGAAGGUACCCAGGGAGAUGAAAUGCUACAAAGGUAUUUGUUCAACAUCAUGAAGAAUGUGAAAAAGAAUAGCCGCUUUAUAUUUCAAUUGAACAGUGACGUGAAUGCCCAUGAACUACAGCUCUUAAACUUAACAUCAGCAAGUAGCAAGAAGGAAAUGGAAAUCAGAACUUGCCAAGGAAUGGUUGAAGAGUGCCAAAGUACCCUGGGCUCCAGGUUGCACCAAGUGGAGAAUGAAGUGCACAACUUAAACAAAACAUUCUUUGAUACCUUUACCGGAUUAGAGGACCUUUUUGUGUCAAUGGAUGAGAAGAUUAGCAAUCUAUCAUAUGACGUUGAAAUCCUCCAACAAUUGAUUGAAAACCAAGGGCCACCCCUUGAGACCAUCAGACCUGACUCUAGGCAUGUGCAAAGACAGGAUCUCACUGAACGUUUGAACAAACUCAGUUCUGAAGUGGCGAGCCUCAGUAUGUUUGUCAAAAGCAGAGUGGGAGCACAGUUGAUCAAAAACCAGAGCCAAACUGGCAAAGAAUCAUUAAAGGGAGUUCUGGCUGAAUGCCGCCUUGAAAUUGAGGAUGGUUUAAAUGAUACAAUGACUGCCAUUAAUGAUGCCAUGGAUUCAAUGAGAGAUGAUUACUAUAUCUUGAAAAAUAAUGUCACUGACCUGUGGAGAUAUAUUUUAGAGCUGGUUGAUGAGAGCACCAUAAAGCAGAGUAAUGAGUUAAACCAGUUUCCACAAUUUGAUCAGUUGAAUGAGUCCUUUAAUAUUCUUGUAGCUGAUGUUGCAAGACACCAGAAUGCAUUGGAAAUGAUAGGUGUCCUUCAGGGUAUAGAAGAAUCAGAGAGAAUUAUGCCUCCAGUCUUAACAAAUAUAUCUCAGUUGUUAAAUAAAACAGCAAUCAGCAUUGAAGAUUUCCAACAAAGGAUUCACCGUCUCGAGGAAGCCAUUCUUUCCUCCUCUCCGGACACUAAAAAUUACCGAUCUCGUACUCUGGCCCCUGAAUCUCAGCUGAGCUCUGUGCUGGAGAAGUCCAAAUUGUUACCAAAGACCAAGCCCAAAAUAAUGCAAGAAGCUAAGAUCCAGCCUGCGCCUCCAAAGUAUCAAGAGUUGAGUCGCAUAGUGCUGGGGCUGCAGGCCAAGUGGACUAAUCUGAACAAGACGGUCUACCGUAUGAAGGAGGAAUCAGACCAAACCCGGGGGCUCUGCCAGAACAUAUCGCUGCUGCUCACACAAGCAAACAACAGCAUCCCUCAGGUUACCAUGCCAGCAGCAAAGCCAAACGUCUCAGUCCUUCAGCAGGAGCUCAGAGAGUUUGUACACAUCACCAGUUGGACCACAGCUGAGCUCUUCUUCACCAAUAUCACUGUGUUCCUGGACAGGGCCAUUUAUGAUCUUGUCAGGAACAUUACAAGGAUUCAGAAACAAGUUAAACAAUUGUACAAGAGGACAAAAGGUGUCAGAAAAAACAACUUCACAGCCAAUUCUGGAAGAAGCCAAAGAUAUACCGACAAGGUCUCUGAUCCAGUGGAGUCUAUAAGCUGCAACAGUGCCCCAUGCCAGAAUGGAGGGACGUGUAUUAAUCAAAGAAAAGGCUUCGUGUGUGCCUGUCGCCCUCCAUUUAGUGGUCCCAGCUGUGACAUUAAACUACUGGAUGAAAAUGCCUUGAAGACAGAUUUCUCAAAAGGAUCUUACAGAUAUGCUCCGAUGGUGACAUUCUUCGUAGCACACACCUAUGCAAUGAAUACCUCUGGUCCAAUCAGAUUUAAUCAUCUCUACGUCAAUUAUGGUGCUUCUUAUGCACCUGCAAGUGGGAAGUUUUUAGUUCCUUUCCUCGGUGUGUAUGUCUUUAAAUACACCAUCGAGUCAUUCAGCUCACACUUGUCUGGUUACCUGGUGGUCGAUGGAGUCGAUAAACUGGCCUUUCAGUAUGAUGGUAUGGACAAUGGAGUUUCCGGCAGCAGGACUGUCACUGGUGACGCAGUACUGGAACUUAAUUAUGGGCAACGUGUUUGGUUGAGAUUGACAUCGGGCUCGAUUCCAGAAAAAUUUCCACCUGUGACGACAUUUGGUGGCUAUCUAUUGUAUCGCACAUAAGACAAAAUAAUGACAUACAUAUAUAUUUGUGGUCAGCAAUGAAAUAAGCUCCAGGGUUAUAUUAUGCAUCUGUUACUGCAGAAUUACUCAGCUGAUAUAUUUAACAUACCCGUCUUGUCGGAAUGGAAAUGAAAUUUAUUGCAAACUUUAGAUGCUCAUGUUUAGCUUUGUGUUCUGAAUUUAAAUUGAUAGAACUAAACUAUUGUUGAAGUAUUACAACAGUGACUCCAAACUUUAGAAACACAUGAUAAUACUUGUAUUUCCUGUUGUGUAUGAUUGCACACUUCAGUUGACAGAUUGGAAAUAAUACUUACUUAAACCAGCAUAACGGAGAAUUUUAUUCAACACGGUAGAACUUACAUGAACUUGAGGUUGAAUUUGCCUCCAUAAAUUCAAUUUGAUUGAAGUCAUUAUCUGCUUUAAGUACUCUUAAAUGUAUCUAAUUUUAAGUGUGACUAUAUUAAUUAUAUUUAAAUUGCAAUUAUAGGCUUUAUCUGUUCAUGUUUAAAUAUCAUGAAGGAAAAUGCAUGGAUUAUCAAACAAAAACACUUCAACAUAAUACUUUAUCCAGAGGGUGGAAUAAAUGUAAUAAACAUA